CUGGAGAGCAAGAAGCUUUGUGCUCGCAUCAGUGAAUUGGAGUGUAGUCUGAAGAAAGCUAAUGACGACAAGCAAUCAUUAUACGAUGAAUGGAUUGCCCUAUCGGCGUUACUAAAAACAAAAACGAACGAGCUGUUGCAACUACAAGAGGAUCGUUUGGUGCUAAUUAACAAAAUUCGUGAUCUCAAUGAACAACAUGCGAAUCUUUUCAAUACGGAAGUGGAUUUACAGCAGGAGCGUCAGCAACGUAAAAUACGCGAGGAAAUAGCCCGGGCAUGCGAAGAUACUUCCAAAGACGAGAAAAUACACACGAGCUUAUUGCAAACGAACUUUCCUACGGGAGACUCCGUUUUUGGUGAUGUCAUCCCGCAGGAGGUCGUAUUCAGAGCUGAAGCGAACGACGGUGAAGUGUAUGACAUUUUGUGGUUAUCAACAGAUAUAUUCGCCAGUGGGGGAAGUGACAAAAGAGUGCGCUUGUGGAAAAUUGAUCAACGUGUAAGGCCAACUAAAACAAACACCCUCGUUGGCUGCAAUCAUGCAGUGACACGCCUUGAUUUCAAUUUGGAAUCACGACUUUUGCUCGGCGCGAGCAAUGACCACGGUGUUCGUCUAUGGAAUGUGGACAACCAGAGACUUAUGACUUCCUUCAUGGGACAUAUGGAUAAAGUGUCGUCUGCUCGAUUUCUUUCAUGUAGCCAGGUUGUGUCUGGGUCGCACGAUCGAGUCAUAAAGUUGUGGGACAUAAGGGGUCAGCGAUGUGUGCGUUCUGUUUUUCCUGGAUCUACUAUACUUGACAUUGUAGGGAUUAGAAAAGGUGUUGCCACGUUCACUUCAGGACAUUUUGACAGAAAACUUCGUUUUUGGGAUUCAAGAAACCAAGAACCUAUUCAUACAAUGGACAUGGCAGGAAAAAUAACUUCUCUGGACUUGUCAUCGGACGAUAUACAUCUCUUAUGCUCUACACGGGACGAUACUUUGUCAAUAAUUGAUGUUCGUAAGUAUCAAACUGUGCAUAUAUACAGCGCCGAGCAAUACCGGACGUCAAGUGAUGUCUCUCGCUGUGUGCUUUCGCCAGGAAUGGAGUACUGUGCUGCUGGCUCAUCAGAUGGCCACGUGUUUGUUUGGAAUGUUCAGUCCACCAAACUGGAAAAAGUUCUCCAUAAAGGAGGGCAUGAGCAUGCUAUACUCUCUCUGAGUUGGAAUCCUAGCGGCCACGGUUUACUAAGCGCUGAUAAACAAAAAAUUGUAUGUUUUUGGAAAUAA